AUGAAGAUUGAUUUACAGUCUUGUUGUAAAGGAAGACUAAUAGGAAAGAGCUGCAGGCUUCAAAUAUGGAGCUAUUUAGGACAUGGAAAAGCUCAUUCCAAAGCUCGAAUCAAGAGCAAAAUGAGAGAUUGGUUGCUCUUUCUGAUAGGCUGUACUAAUGAAUUAGAGGACAUGAUCAAGCAGUUUCAGCGAUUGCAGAAGCUAUGUAGAAGUCCAGAGCCGGGUUGGGAAGGCUGCGGUUGGGAAGGCUGCAGCAGCCAAUGGGUUCAUCCUUUCCUUAUGUUCAACUGGUGGGAGAGAAUACAUGCCUUUAGCUGA